AUGCCUCUGAAUUUAGCUCGGCGUGGAGGAGGCAUCCUCCGCAAGCUGCAUCUUAGUGAUGCGUUCUCUCGUCCUGUCCGAGUAGCUGUUGCCCAAAGCCACGUCAGGCGCGUCUCUUUGAUUACGCGCGGUCAGGCUUUACGCCCAAUCUGCAGGGUACUUCCGUCGACCAGCGUGUUCUCGCAACGCCUACUUAAGACCUAUGCGACCACAAGUGAUAGCAAGAGCGAGAAGAAGAAAUCCACCAAAUCCACCAAGGCCGGAAAGGGGACCAAGAAAACCACCAAAAAAGCCAAGAAGAGCUCGACAGCGAAGCCCAAGCCCAAGCCAAGAAAGCAGUUGACUGAGAAGCAAAAGGAGGCAAAGAAGACACGGGAACUCAGGGAUCAGAUUAAGGCCCUCAAGGCUACUGCGCUGGAGGCACCAAAGAGACUUCCGGAGCGUGUGGCUAACUUGUCAAUUAUCGAAAAGCUUCAAGAAACAAGGAAGACUCACAACAACACUCAAGAGGCAUUUAAAGCUGCUACUGAGCUUGCCAAGACGAUCAGUGAGGAAGAGCGAGCGCGCUUCGCCGCAGUGGCAGAGUCUAACAGAAACUCUAAUGAAUCUACAUACGACCAAUGGAUCAAAUCCCACACGCCGCUCCAGAUCAAAGAAGCGAAUCUCGCACGAAGCAGAUUGACAAAACUCACAAAUAAGAGGUAUCCCCCUCUUCGGGAUGAUCGAUUGGUUAAGCGUCCUUCCUCUUCCUAUGUCUUCUUCUUCAUUGAACGCACUGGUCAGGGCGACUUCAAGCACAUGGCCGCCAAGGACAUCGCUACACGGGUCGCAGAGGAAUGGAAAGGCUUGACGGAAUCUGAGAAAGAGAACGUUAUCUCCGCGAGUAUCAAGAGGUAUACGGCGUGGAAGCGCCACAUGUUCGAAAGUCCUCCGAGUAAAAGUUUAUCACCCAAGGAACAACGGUGA